AUUUCAAAUUCAGCAUUCUCACCACUCCUAAUGAAAUUGACCCUCAUAUUGAAAUCGAUGACCCAUCAAAAACCCUGGAGCCUUUCACGCAACAAUCUCAUUCAUGGAAGGCACCCUCGU